AUGAUUCCGGAACCUGAGGAUAAAGUCGAAACGCUUCCGAAGCCCUCGAAACGACAGAUUUUCAUCCCGAAGCUGUCAGAGCUCGACGAGGAUGACGACGACGAGCCGAUGGCCAAGAAACGAAUCGUGAAAAGUUCCGCCAUGUCGAAUCUUUUGAAAAUGUUGCCGCCGCCGACUUCGGCACCGAUCGCGAAGGGCUCGCUGACGAAGCUCACCCAGUUGACACCUCAUAGUCUGGGCAAGAAACCGCUUCCCCCGAAACCGAAGCCCAAACCGAAAGCUCCUCUGCAAGCUGCAGCGCCGGGCCCUGGAGGCGAUGAUGAUGACGGCGACACACCGUCGACUUUCUUCAGCUUCGAGGAACCAAAAUUAUCCGAAGAGCAACUGAAAAAGCUCGUUGCCGCGGAGGAUAUCAAACCUCGAGAGAAGCGACCCCCAAGUCCAGAAGUGGGCCCGGUACUUCCAACCUAUCUCGAACCGGCCGUCGAGCCCGAGCCUUUACCGGCUGUGAGCGCCUCCGGCUCGCAGGAUAUCCCCGAGGAAGCUCUGCAGAAACUUCGAGGGCGAAGGCAGGAGAAGAUUGAAAUCUUCUCCAUCGACGCUGCCGAUUUCACCGCCGAAGCUCGGUCGAAUCUUUCCAAAAAUCUCACCGUGGAAGAUUCUCGACCAUCGCUCAAAGAGGGUCCCGAGCUGAGUCGAUUACACAAAUCAAAGCAUCACAUAACGCAUCUGGCAUUCCAAGCGAAAGCUCGAGAGAACGAGCUGAAAAAUCAAUGGGCCACAAAUCGCAUGACGAAGAGGGAGACGCAGAAAAAAUACGGAUUUUGA